AUGUUUGCGGAUGACAUGAAGAUAUGGAAUGUAAUUCGGGAUCCUGCCGACGAAGACAGACUGCAGAUGAACCUGAAUCGGUUGGAGGAGUGGUCAAACCGUUGGCUCCUGCGGUUCAACGUUGCCAAAUGUAGCAUACUUCGCCUGGGCAACACAGCCAGAUCCGCCAGCACAAGAGACUACUUUCUGGGCGGUGCAGCCUUGAAAGAGGUCGAAGCCCCAAAGGACCUCGGUGUGCUGACGACCAGUUCCCUAAAGCCAUCCGCCCACUGUUCGAGAGUGGCAAAAACCGCAAUGCCCGUACUGUACGCCAUCAAGCGUGCGUUUAUGGACUUUGACGGAGAAGCUUUCUCUAAGACAUUCGGAACAUUCGUCCGACCGCAUUUGGAGUACGGCAUUCAAGGCUGGAGGCCGUGGGUGGUUGAGGAUCAAAACUUAGUACAAUUGAUGUCUCCUCAGAUCUCAUAAAGAAACACAUAAGCCGUUUGAAAUACUCACACUGCUCAGGAACGGACGGGAUUCCGAAUUCGAUUAUUAAACAAGCGUCCGACUUUCCCAUAUUGCUCAGUCAUUUAUUCUCGGUUUAUAUUUCAAAAGGAUUCUUUCCUGAAACAUGGAAAACGUCAAUUAUCAUUGCCGUUUUCAAGUCAGGAUCUCGGUCUGAUGUUAAUAACUAUCAGGGCGUGCACAAAACGCCGUCUCUAGGAAAACUUCUUGAAAGGAUUAUUUUCAAUGAAAUUCUUGACUUCUGUCUAGCUAAUCGGCUUCUGAGCUCUAGUCAGCAUGGAUUUUUACCUGAACGAUCCUGCGAAACAUGUCACUUGGCUUUUCUUAAUCUAAUCACUUCUCUUCGUAAUGAACGGCAGUCAGUGGUAGUUAUUUACUUUGAUCUUAGCAAAGCCUUUGACAAGGUGCCCCAUAGACGUCUUUUAGUAAAAUUGGAAGCUCUCGGCAUCCGGCCGCCUCUACUCGACUUUAUCAGGUCCUAUCUGUCCAACCGAUAUCAGAAAGUCAUUGUCGGUAAUAGCUACUCGACACCCCACCCGAUCACGAGUGGCGUACUUCAAGGCACGGUCCUGGGUCCGCUACUCUUCCUUCUGUACAUCAAUGAUAUUUCGACUGAACUCGGAAAUUUUCAAACUUUAAAUUCAUGCCGAUGUCCUCCAGUGUGUUUACUCAUACUCUAAGGACACCGCAAAUGUUUGUGUUGAAAAAAUUAAUGCCGAUUUACUACGCUUAAGCAGAUGGGGUUCGACAUGGCAGAUGGAGUUUUCAUCACCCAAGUGUAGUUUCAUGUCUUUUGGUCCUGCCAAACUUUCUGGUCCCAUAAUUUUUCAGAAUAACCCACUCCCAGAAUGCUUCAACAUAAAGGACCUAGGUCUAAGUUAUACAAAUAAGCUUGCCUUAUCACCUCCUGCAGAUAGAAUCUCUGCCAAAGCCGCGCAGAUAUGUGGAUUCAUAUCGCAUAAUUUUUUCCUUCCGGAAAUGAAGCUAAGACUUUAUCAAAUGUUUGUUCUUCCAGUCCUCGAAUAUCGCUGUCCUUUCUUCGGUUUAAUGAACGCCUGCGACCGUAAUAAAAUCGAAAAUAUUCAGAGGGUCUUCAUCCGGAAACUUUUCUCCCAAGCUUCGUCCGGUAUUUCUUGUACUCAGAGGUGUCAGCUGGCAAACAUGAAGUUUUUGUGGGUUAGAAGACUCGAAGCUGGCCUUUGCUUCCUUUUUCGCAUCAACUCUAGCUCCAGUCUUCCGCUCAUUGACACUCUCACUCCGAGAGAUCGGUCUUAUGCCACGCGCAACUCCUGCAUGGUGAUUCCGCCGCCUCUUUGUGCUACAUCUAAGCGCUCCCUCUUCUUUGCUUCCAAAUAUGCCUUCCUUUCGAAUAAUCUUCCGCCUGAACUUAAAUUAUCGCCUAAGUUACUGGUAUUCAAGUCGAAAUUGCGCAAACAUCUUACACCGGAAAGCAUAAAUGCCCUGUUAACGGUCUCAUCCCCGAACACUCAGAUUCUUGACUUCGAGAAGGGUCCUCCUGGGAUUUAG